AAUGGAUUCAAACUCAGACAUUUUGACUCAAAAGAAAAUUACAAGUUUGGCUUUAAUAGAAAAUGGAAUUAUUAAUUUAAAUGGAUUUGAAAUAUCUAAAGUAUCGGUGACUGUUAAUAUUAAUGUGAUUCCUAAAAGGAAGAAAAAUAGAGAUACCAAAAUUUGUGCAAAAACUAUCGAGGCAACUAAGUCUUGUCGAUGUACUAAAAAUUGUAUUUCAUCAACCAACAACCAUUCUGCUUCCCAAUUCAAAAUUAUUUUGGCAGCAACAUUACUAAACUUGAUUUUUGUGUUAUUUAUGGCGUUCUGCUCAUUUCUUUUAAUUAAAUUUUUUUCUUUUUCCCUAACCUCUAAAUAUGCAAUUUUUAAGUUUACAUUAUUUUGUGGGUCUUUUUUCAUGUUACUCUAUGUUCUACUUCUCAGUAUUUAUUUUUUUGCUCUCUACGAAGUGUUAAAAUACCUCCACCCUUCUUUAACUAGUUCAAAAUGCUUCUCUACUCUUUCUAAAAUUAUUCCAAACAUUUUUGUGUUAGUCAUAGCCCUUCUCAUCUUUAUGCUUAUCUGUUCCUCUUUCUACAUCAAUAUUACAACUUUUACUAUUGAAAAUAUUUUUAGUAUAGGAGUAAGAGUUAUUAUGGCAUUUUUUAGUUUAUUCUGUUUCUUUUGUUCUCUAGCUACUUAUUUUUAUUUUUUAAACAAAUUUGUAGCUAAAUUCCCUCUUACAAUGGAUUAUAUUGAGAAAAUUUUUAGUAAGUUAGUUAGAGAUUGA